AUGGCGCACGCGACGCCGGUGAGCGUGCGGGAGGCGGUGCAGCUUAAAACGUGUGGGGUGAAUCCGCAAUGCAUCUCGUUCACCAAUCUCACCAUGGAGAGCGACAAGUACAUCUGCGUGAGAGAAAGCGGGGCGACGAAUAACGUGGUGAUCGUCGAGGUGGCGAACCCGCUGACGCCGAUGAAGAAGCCGAUCACGGCGGACAGCGCGCUGAUGAACCCAAAGCAGAACAUCAUCGCGUUAAAAGCGCGAGUGGAGAAUGAAAAUGGGGUGGAGGAUUCGCUGCAGAUUUUCAACAUUGAUCAAAAGGCGAAGAUCAAGGGGCACGACAUGGAACCGGUUGUGUUCUGGAAGUGGAUCACGCCGACGAUGCUGGGGAUUGUGACCAACACCUCUGUGUUUCACUGGUCGAUCGAAGAUCAGAACGCACCGGUGAAGGUGUUCGAUAGAACGGCGAACCUGAGCGGGAGCCAGAUCAUCAGUUACAAGGCAUCGGAGGACAUGCAGUGGUUCACCUUGAUUGGCAUCGCGCAGGGCGAUGCGUCGAGACCGGCGUUGGUCAAGGGUAACAUGCAGCUGUAUUCCGUCGCGCAACAGCGCUCGCAGGCGCUCGAGGCGCACAUGGCCUCGUUCGCGACACACCAGGUGCCGGGCAACGCGAAAAAGAGCCAGUUGGUGGUUUUCGCACAAAAGAUGGUUCAAGCCGACGGAUCUAUUGCGUCCAAACUGCACGUCAUCGAGCUUGGCGCUCCGGCAGGACAAACACCCUUCACGAAACGCUCGAGCGAGCUGUUCUUCCCUCCAGAAUUUGCUGACGACUUCCCUGUCGUCAUGCACGCAAGCGACAAGUACGGCGUCGUGUACAUCGUCACCAAGAGCGGUUUGCUGUUCGUGUACGAUUUGGAAACGGCAUCGCCGGUGUAUCGUACGCGCAUUUCGCAAGAGCCCGUCUUCAUCGGUGCCGCGGCGCCGAGCGUUGGUGGCUUGUACAUCGUGAAUAGAGGUGGACAAGUCCUGUUGGCAACUCUGAACGAAGCCGCCGUUGUUCCAUUCGUCAGCGGUCAACUCAACAACUUAGAGCUCGCGCUUUCUCUAGCAUCGCGGGGUAACCUCCCCGGUGCCGAUGCGCUCGUUAUGCCUAAGUUUGACAUGCUCUUCAACGCCGCUGACUACAAGGGUGCAGCCGAGCUCGCCGCGAGCAUGAGCACCUUGAGAAAUGAACAAACAAUCGCGCGCUUCCGCAACGUGCCGACGCAACCAGGUCAAAGCUCGCCGCUGCUCCAAUACUUUGGUGCGUGCUUGCAACGCGGCAAUUUGAACAAGUUAGAGUCCGUUGAACUUGCCAAGCUUGUGCUCGCGCAGAACAAGAAGCAACUUCUCGAUACCUGGCUCAGCGAAGACAAGCUCGAAGCGAGCGAGGAGCUCGGCGAUUUGAUCUCUCCGACGGACUCUGAGACCGCGCUCAAGAUUUAUGUCAAGGCGCGCGCAAACCCGAAAGUCACCGCGGCGUUCGCGGGACGGGGUGAGUUCGAUAAGAUGGCGCAAUAUUGCGCCGCGGUCGGUUACAAACCCGACUACAUGUACAUGCUGCAGUCUUUGAUGAUGAGCAACCCGCCAGGUGCGGUGCAACUCGCUCAGCAAAUGAGUCAGAUGACGCCGCCGCCGGUCGAUAUGGGUAACAUCGCAGACUUGUUCUUGCAACGCAAUAUGAUCCGCGAGGCCACGUCGAUCCUGCUCGAUUUGCUCAAGGAGGAUGAUCCGGAGCAGGCGUCGCUUCAGACAAAGGUACUCGAAAUCAACUUGGUCACAUAUCCGAACGUGGCUGACGCAAUCAUGGCGCAAGGCAAGCUCACGCAUUACGAUAAGCCACGCAUCGCGCAGCUCUGCGAAAAGGCUGGCCUUUACGUUCGUGCGAUGGAGCACUAUUCAGAGUUAGUGGAUUUGAAGCGAUGCGUUGUGAACACGCACUCCAUGGAUCCUCAGGCGCUGACUGAGUUUUUUGGAACGUUGAGCCGCGAGUGGGCUCUUGAGUGCCUCCAAGAGCUCCUGAAGAUCAACAUACGCCAAAACCUGCAAAUCGCGGUAAAUAUCGCCAAGGAAUAUACCGAACAACUCGAAAUACAAUCGGUCGUGAAGAUGUUUGACAAGUUCGAAUCUCAUGAAGGUUUGUUCUACUAUCUCGGCUACUUCGUCAACACGUGCGAGGAUAAGGAAGUGGUGUACAAGUUCAUCGAAGCGGCGUCCAAGAUUGGCCAAAUUAAGGAAGUUGAGCGCGUUACGCGCGAAAGCGAUCACUAUGAUCCAGAGCGUGUUAAGGUUUUCCUCAUGGAGGCUAAGCUUGCGGACGCCAGGCCGCUCAUCAACGUCUGCGAUCGACACGAGUUCGUGGGCGAUUUGACGACCUACCUUUACAACAACAACAUGCUGCGUUAUAUCGAAGGCUACGUACAAAAGGUGAACCCGAAGCAGGCGCCGAAGGUUGUUGGUACGCUCUUGGAUCUCGAGUGCCCGGAUGACUUCAUCAAGACGCUCAUUCUCUCCGUGCGUUCCUUGUUGCCGGUGGCGCCUCUCGUCGAAGAGGUCGAAAAACGCAACAGACUCAAGAUUCUGACGCAAUUCCUCGAGCACUUGGUGAACGAGGGAAGCAUUGAUCCGCAAGUCCACAACGCCAUGGGUAAGAUGCUGAUCGACAGCAAUCAAAACCCGGAGCACUUCUUGCUUACUAAUGAGUACUAUGAGUCUGCCGUCGUUGGCCGAUACUGCGAACGCCGCGACCCAUACUUGGCUUGUGUCGCGUACAAGCGAGGCAAGUGUGAUGACGAGCUGGUUGAUUGCACGAACAGAAACAGCAUGUUCAAGGUGCAAGCGAGAUACGUCGUCGAGCGCAUGGAGCCCGAGCUUUGGGCGAAGGUGUUGACGAAUGAUAACAAGUUCUGCCGCCAAUUUAUCGACCAAGUGGUGUCCACAGCGCUGCCAGAGAGCAAGAAUCCCGAGCAAGUGUCCGUCACUGUCAAGGCUUUCAUGACGGCUGAGAUGCCGCAUGAGCUCAUCGAGUUAUUGGAGAAGAUUGUGCUGCAAAACAGCGCGUUCAGCAACAACCCGAACUUGCAGAACUUGCUCAUCCUCACCGCCAUCAAGGCAGAUGCUACGCGCGUGAUGGACUACGUCAACCGCCUCGACGCCUUCAACGGGCCUGAGGUCGCGGAAAUCGCCGCGGGUAACGAACUCUACGAAGAGGCGUUUGCCAUCUACAAGAAGUUCGAUCUUCACGUCGAUGCAAUGAAGAUUCUUCUCGAGUCUCUCGAAGACAUUGAACGAGGCAUUGAGUACGCUCGCAAGGUUGAGCUCCCAGAGGUGUGGUACCAGCUCGGCAAGGCGCAGCUCAAGAUGGGCACGCCGGAAGCGGUCAAGGAAGCCAUCAAGUCAUACAUUAAAGCACAAGAUGGCAGCGACUUCAUCGACGUCAUCCAUGCGGCACGACAUGCGGAUAUGUACGUAGACAUGGUUCCGUAUUUGCUCAUGGUUCGCAAGACGAAGAAGGAAGCGCGCAUCGACACGGAGCUUGUCUAUGCGUACGCGAAGAUCAACGACUUGGCCAGGCUCGAGGAUUUUCUCACCUCCCCAAACAGUGCCAACCAACAAUCGGUGGCUGAUAGAUGCUUCUCCGAAGGUCUGUAUGAAGCCGCGCGUCUGCUAUUCACAGCGCUCAGCAAUUGGGCCUGCCUGACGAGCACUUUGCUCAAACUUCGCAUGUUCCAAAGUGCGGUCGACGCUGCUAAGAAAGCGAAUUCUCCAAAGACGUGGAAGGAAGUGUGUUUCACGUGCGUUGACGAGGGUGAGAACAAGCUCGCGCAGCUUGCAGGUCUUCAUAUCGUCAUCCAAGCCGAUGAGCUCGACUCCGUCAGUGAGUUUUACCAGGCUCGAGGUAAGUUCACAGAACUCAUCGCGCUCAUGGAAGCUGGCGUCGGUGUUGACAGAGCGCACAUGGGUAUCUUCACCGAGCUCGGCAUUCUUUACGCGAACCACGCGUCUGAGAAGCUCAUGGAGCACAUCCGUUUGUUCAGCGCGCGUAUCAACAUUCCGCGUCUCAUCACAACCUGCACCAACGUUGCCUUGUGGCCGGAACUCGCGUACCUGUACAGAUGCUACGACGAGUAUGAUAACGCCUGUGAAGUGAUGAUGGAGCAUCCGGACGCGUGGGAGCACGUCGUCUUCAAGGAUGUGUGCGUCAAACUCGCGAACGCAGACUUGUACUACAAGGCGAUCAAGUUCUACAUUCGCGAGCACCCGACAGAGAUGACCAACCUUCUAGGCGUACUUCAGUCUAGACUCGAUCACUCUCGAGUGGUGGCGUUGAUGCGUAAGGAAGGCAAGUUACCCAUGGUGAAGGAGUAUCUGUUGUCGGUUCAAGGCGCCAAUUUGACUGCGGUGAACGACGCGGUGAAUGAGCUUGCAAUUGAGGAAGAGGACCAUGUCGCGCUCAAGGCGUCGAUCGACAUGUACGAUAACUGCGAUCAACUCUCGCUCGCGAUUCAGUGCGAAUCACACGAGCUGAUCGAGUUUCGAAGAAUUUCUUCGUACAUUUACCAACGUAACUCUCGAUGGAAGCAAGCCAUCGAGCUUAGCAAGCGCGACGGUUUGCUCAAGGAUGCGAUGGAAAUCGCCGCAAAGAGCAACGACUCAAGCAUCGUCGACGAGCUUCUCGAGUUCUUCAUCGAGACGGGCAACAAAGAGUGCUUCUCUGCCGCCCUAUGCACGUGCUACGACUUGUUGAAGCCGGACGAGGUCAUGCAAAAGGCGUGGUUGCACGGCCUUAGCGAUUGGGUGAUGCCGUUCAUGAUUCAAGUCAUGCGAGACAUGAACUCAAAGAUUGACAUCUUGAUGAAGGACAAGGCGGAUCGCAACGAGGAGAAAGUGAACGAGGAGAAGGAACGUGUCGCUGCGGAGAUGAAUAGCAACCUAUACGCGCAGCUCAUGCCUGCGGCGUUGCCUGCGUAUGAAGGCCAAGGUGCGGGCGGGUACGCUCCCCAACAAGGCUUCGCCCAACAGUAUGCCUACCCGCCACAACAGCAGCAAGGGUGGUAA